AGGGCGCAUGCGCAUCCGGCCGCCGUGCUUGGUGCGUGCCGGGAUUGCUCUUGUCAGGUCCUUUGCCGUGGGGCGGACCGUGUGGCGACGGGAGGAGUCAGCGGGAAGCCGCGGGUCGGAUGGCGGGGGUGGUGAGAAUGGCUGCACCUCCGGUUUAUUUUUCGAAGUGUCCGGCUCCGAUUCGAGGACCUGGGCUUCUGAGGUUUUACUGAGGCCCGCGCUCCACACACUGCGCCUGCGUGGUGCAGACAGACGCUGUUGGCCCUGAGCGUUGAGCAUUGACCACUUUCUAGCCCGCGAAGCAUUCUGGAACCCCUGAACCUGACCUGGCAGCAUAAUGUUGGCAAGCAUGGAUUAAUUGGCUGAGAACCAAAAGGAAGAGAGGUCAAAGACUAAUGGCGAAGAGAGCCUUGUGCUGGGGCAGUCAGCAACACAUAGCACUAGGAAGAAAAUUUGCAAAUCCAAACAUCAAGUCAAGAGCUGAACAAAUCCUUUAGUUGAUCCGAACCCAAAACGCAUCGGCAUUUGAAAAUGGAAGCGGAAAUCUCCAUUCUGAUGGGCAAAAAGACGUACAUAUGUCCUGUGUGCGGGAAGGGGUUCACCCGUUCGUACACCCUGUUGAGACACCAGCGAGUUCACACCGGGGAGAAGCCAUAUACGUGCUCCAUGUGCGGGAGAGGAUUUACUCAGUCGACCCACCUCAUCGCACAUCAACUUGUCCACACCGAUCAGAAACCCAUCAAAUGCUCUGACUGCAAGAAGAGCUUCAAAAGCAGGGCUCACCUGCUGAAACACCAGCACGUGCACAGUGAGGAGAGGCCCUUCGUCUGUUCUGUGUGUGGGAAGGGGUUCACCUGUGCCUCCAACCUCACCGCGCACCAACUGGUCCACACUGACCAAAGACCUUUCAAAUGUUCAAACUGCAAAAAGAGCUUCAAAAAGAGAAGUCACCUGCUAAAACACCAAAAGACUCACACUGGAGAGAGGCCAUUCACCUGCAUGCUGUGCGGGAAGGGAUUCACCCAGUCAUCCAACCUGACGGCCCACCAACUAGUUCACACUGAUGAGAAACCUUAUACCUGCUUUGAAUGCGUGAGGGGCUUCAAGAGUAAGCAGGAACUACUGAAACACCAGCGCACUCACAACGGGGUGAGGCGGUUCACCUGCUCCCAGUGUGGGAAGGGGUUUACUGUGUCGGGUGACCUGCUAAGACACCAACGCAUUCACACUGGGGAGAAACCAUUCAACUGCACUCACUGUGGGAAAAGGUUCCGCUGCUCCACCAACCUCAUCAGGCACCAGCGGGUUCACACGGGUGAGAGGCCGUUCAUCUGCUCCGAGUGUGGCAAGAGGUUCACCCUGUCAUCGUACCUGCUGAGGCAUCAGCUCACCCACUCCGGGGAGAGGCCGUUCACAUGCCCCGUGUGUGGGAAGGGAUUCACUCAGUCGUCCAGCCUACUGCGACACCAGCAGGUCCAUAAGUGACUGCCGAGUUGUAUUGUUCUGUACUGUUGCUGUUAUUCACACCCAGGACUAAAUGCCCUCCAACUUGAGAUAUUGGUGCUCAUCUAUGUCAUUGUUGGGAAUGAUAUCUUGUUGUGCCUAUAUUGUCGCGUUUAAUCAUAUCUGGUCAGAAACUUGUUGAACAAGUUAGGUCUUUAUU